UCGCAACGAAAAACCGGCCAACACUGUCAGUCAGCAUCAGCUGUGCCUUUAUUUUUGUGAUUAUGUGAAAUUUGGAACCGGAAAGUGUUUUGGAUUGCAUUUCAUAACGAAAUUACUAAAUUACAAACUAUGGACAGGGCAGAACCAGCACCACAACAUAUUGAAGGACAGCGCAAUGCUUUGAAUUUUCAAUUUUCGCCGGAGGAGUUGAAGGUGUUGCAAGAAUGUAAUCGGGAAGCAUUUUUUCAACGUUCGAUGCCGCUGGGGACGGUUUUCGGAUUGGGAACGUACUACGCCAUCCAAAGAGGUUUUCUAAAGCCCAGCGUACGAUUUGGCGCCGGUCCCAAAGUUUUUGUUGGUAUAACGUUGGGUUACUUUAUGGGUAAGCUGAGCUACCAGAGUCGAUGUGCCGAGAAAAUUAUGCGUAUACCAAACUCCCGACUGGCCGAUAUGAUUCGCCAGAGACGACAGGGAGGAGGCACCGGCGUUGAAAGAUUAUACCCCGAUCAAGGAUUCAGUGCUGGAAGCAUGUUGUCCCCAUUUGGACCGGCUGCUCCGAGUGACAGUGUAACGGAGCAGCAUUUCCGCAAUCGUGACUCGAUCAACAUCGACGUUUACACCCCCAGCUAUUCCGGACUGGACGAGAGCGCUCGACCGUCUCUUGAUUCGAAUCGAGCCUUCGAGGAGGAACUUCAGCUGCCCGUUGAUCCUCCACCGGUGACGAAAUCCUACGAAGAGUUGCGUCGACAGAAUCGCGAAGACUAUGCGCGUCGACAGCAGGCCCCGUAUCGUCCGCCGACGGUAUUGGAGGACACGCCUCCGAUUAGACGGGAAACUGUGCCUCCACCCAGGCUGGAAGAUCGGCCACCCCAGCAUCCCCAGAUGAAGAACAAAUACGGGGAUGUCUAUCAGGAAUAGAAUAAUUGAAUGCAAUGGUUUGCGCUGCCUCUAAAGUACACUAUGAAACUGAACGCUAUAAAAUGUGGGGUUGUUCAGCUGCUGUUCGUAUUAGGUACUCAAUAAAUUUGCUGCAUUUUAGUUUCCGCACAGUUUA